AUGCUCCUCCCAUCCUUCCUGACACUAUCACUAUCCCUCAUCGCCUACUCUCCCCUCGCCUCCGCCUCCGCCUCCUCCUCCCUCAGAAUCACCUCCUCCAACCACUCCUUCGGCGGCGUAAACUACCCCCAACUCCAAUUCUUCACCCCCUCCCACCGCGAUGCCACAAUCCGCGAAAUCAUCAAAAGCGGCGCCCGCGUAAUCCGGCUCUUCAUCCGCCCAGAUGCCCAACACCCAGAUCCAGAAGGCGAGAUAGGCGGCUUCGACAAGUCGCUGCUCGACCAAUUCGAUGACACGCUAGCAGCCAUUCACCAUUUGUCGAAAGGCCAGAUGAAAGUCAUCAUCGCACCGCACGACGCACAUGCACUUCGGGGCACUAAUGAUGUAGCCUGCGACGCCUACUGCCAGAAACUCAACGGCGCGUUCCUCGAUUUCUACAGCAACGAGGAAUAUCGCGACAUGUACAAAACACGCCUCGGCGUCUUCUUCACCCACUACCCCUCCAAGAACUUUGACGGCCGCCCCUGGAGCACCUUAUCCGAAGUCAUUCUCGGCGUCGACCUUCAAAACCAGCCUUUCUCUGGCAUCUCACCCAUCCCAUCCGGCGAAUCCUGGCUCUGCGACAUCGCCUCCUAUCUAAAAUACAGCAUCGGUCUCGACGCAUCCAACAUUGCCGUCAUCAGCGGCGGCGUAUCAGGUGCACAAUCCGUUGACGGGAAUGAGAAUUUUCCGGAUAGCGUGUUUGACUGCAAGGCUAUUGAUGUUAUUGGUAUCCAUGGCUAUACUCCCACCUAA